CGCUUGCCAUAGUUUGGACACAAACAAGGAAGUGCAUUAUAUUGAAAAUUUAGAGCAACAAAAUAGUGAAUGUAAUGCAUUUAAACCAUGUAUUGCUACUUUAUUUGACAUAAAACAAUUUGGAUGCAUACAGUGCAGUUCAUUAUAAACGGGUACAAUUAAAUUGGCUAUUAUAGGUUAAGGACCUUGCGCGAGAUCUCCAAUUUCUGUCAAUGCAGGUAUGCUAGCUAGCUAACUUGCUAGUUUAGCUGAACAGUUAUGGCAGCAAAUCCCGAAAAGACAUUCAAGUUUGUGGUCGUCGGUGGUGGCAUUGCAGGUGUAACGUGUGCUGAGCAGCUGGCCUCCCAGUUCCCAUCAGCUGAUGUUGCUCUCCUGACAGCAGCCCCUCUGAUUAAGGCAGUCUGCAACUUCAAACAGGUAUCUAAGACGCUGGAGGAGUUUGAUGUGGAGGAGAGGCCCUCCAGUGUUCUAGAGGAAAAGUAUGCCAACCUGAGAGUCAUCCAGUCUGCAGUGAAGGCCCUUCAUGCACAACAACAUACUUUGCAGUCUGUGGAUGGUCUGGAGAUCCACUAUGAGAAGCUGUGUAUCUGUAGCGGGGGCAGACCCAAACUCCUUACCCAGGAUAACCCCUAUGUGCUGGGGAUACGAGACACAGAUAGUGCCCAGGAGUUUCAGAAGCGGUUAUCCAAAGCCAAGCGAAUUGUAGUCGUUGGAAAUGGAGGGAUUGCCUUGGAACUAGUGUAUGAGGUGGAAGGUUGUGAGGUAAUCUGGGUAGUGAAAGACAAGGCCAUAGGAAACACCUUCUUUGACGCGGGAGCAGCCCAGUUCCUGAUCCCCUCCCUGGACACAGACAAACCAGAGCGAGCUGCUACCUGUAAGAGGGCUCGCUACACCAUAGAGGGGCCUGCAGCUACGCAGGGCCUUGCUGUAGGUGGCGACAGACAAGGCCAGAGAAGAGGGUUGGAAGAGCCAGGCAGUGCCCUGGGACCAGACUGGCAUGAAGGCAUCAGUCUGAGAGGAGCAGAGGAGGUGCCUCACAGGGUGUCAGUGGAGUACCAGUCUGAGGUGAAACAGAUCUACACUCACCAGGACUUCCUGCUGUCACCGCUUGCCUCACAGACAGCAGACACUGGCUCUUGGCCAGUGUAUGCUCAGCUGACCAAUGGGAAGACUUUUGGCUGUGACUUCAUCAUCAGUGCUACAGGAGUCGUGCCAAACACCGAACCUUUUCUCCAUGGAAACAGCUUUGCGUUAGCUGAGGACUCUGGGCUGAAAGUGGAUGACCACAUGAUGACAACAGAACCAGACAUUUACGCUGCUGGAGACGUAUGUACAGCAGGCUGGGAGCCAAGCCACCUCUGGCAGCAGAUGCGUCUGUGGACGCAGGCCCGUCAGAUGGGCUGGUACGCAGGCCGAUGUAUGGCUGCUGAUGUCCUGUCUGAAACCAUAGAGCUGGACUUCUGCUUUGAACUCUUCUCUCACAUUACAAAGUUCUUCAACUACAAGGUGGUUCUGCUGGGGAAGUUUAACGGCCAGGGUCUGGGUCUGAACCAGGAGUUGUUGGUGCGCUGCACUAAGGGCCAUGAGUACGUCAAGGUAGUGCUGAGCGGAGGGAGGAUGUUGGGAGCAGUCCUUAUUGGAGAGACUGACCUGGAAGAGACCUUUGAGAACCUCAUCCUCAACCAGAUGGACCUAACACCCUACGGAGAAGAGCUACUAAACCCCAACAUAGACAUAGAGGACUACUUUGACUGAGCCUGUGUGUCUACCUAACACCCUAUGGAGGGUUACUACUCAACCCCGACAUAGACCACUUUGACUGAGGGGCCAAGAACUUCCUCGUAAAUCAAUACUAAACUGGAUGUCUGCUUUAGCCCUGUUUAUAUCUGGUGCUAACACGUCCUGAUCUUGCCCACAUUUUUAGACUAGUGUAGAUGAUUUAAAAAUAAAAAAAAACUGAUUGUGAUCAGAUCUUCCUGACCACCUCCGGAGGUAGUCAGGGACACAUUGUAUCUGGAUUGUGUACACAGAUCUGGAUUAUCAAACCAUUUAAUUUGUCCCUCUAAAAUCAUUGACAGGUGGCACUAUUGACCCAAUGUGUCAGUACUUGUUUUAACAUAAAACAUUUAUUAUUUUGAAACAAUAUCUGUCAAAUAAUUUGCAUACAGGGAGGGACCAGGUCAUCUGGUAACAAUGCAGACACUGUGGAUAGAUAGUCUUGUUCCCACGGCAGCCCUUAAUGCUCAAAUCAGUUUGAUUUUUCAAAUCCAUUUUGGAAUACUGACUUUCCAAACAGUGACCUAAUCGGAUGUGUGUGUUCAGACAGCAGUCAUUUGCUAACAUGGCUGCGCUAGCUGUCAUAGUAACAACAGAUGUGUGCGCAGUGGUGUAGGCUGAUUGGUGCUUCCUAUCCCUCGGAAGUUAUCUACUGUAGCAAGCUAAAGUGAUAGCAAUGCCUGCCAUGGACAUUUCCCAGUUACUUUGAAUGUUCAAAAUCGUAGUGUAAGAACAGAAGCUAGGUAGCCAUUUAGCUUUCUAGCACAGUCACUCAUUUGUUUGUAAACAAUUAACAAGCUAGUUAGCUACCACAUGUUGUCAAACUGUCAGAGUAGCGAGGAAGCAACACGAUAUACCAAAUGACAGUCUAAAAACCACUUGAGGGCAAAUAAACCAGAUUUGACCGUUCAGACAAGUAGCAUAUGGCCAGGAAUCAGAUUUAUCUUAUUUAAAAUCACCUUUGAAGGUGGUUUGAAAUAUCAGAUUCCAUGUGCUUUUUGGCUGUUCAGACUGCAAGAAAAAUAGAUUAAAAUCUGAUAUGCAUGUAUUUUUUUGUCACUUUAAACUGCCAAUGUGAUUAAAAUACCAUGUGUAGUUGCUGCAAAUGUGUAGACUAGUGAUGCGGUGGUCAGCUGUUUUUUCAACAGCACUUGCUAAUAACCCAUCUGCAACCACCCGACUACAUGUGAUAGUGAAAAUAUGAGGCCCACAGCUGACUAACCCCCGCAAAAAAUGCGCCUUCCCUUUUUUCCUCAGUGGAUCGAUGUGAACUUUUUCUGCCCAAGUUACCAAAGCAUUUGGCACGUGUACAGUUAGGCCCACACACUAAAUCCAGAUAAAAAUGAAAGAUAAAUCUCAAUGUAGCUAUAGAUAUGAAUUGCACAAUAAUGAUUAAUUUAUGGAUUUUUUUUAUGCAUUGUUUUCCCUUUAUUCAACCUGCACGCGUGUGUAUGUGAUCCUUGUGUAGCCGCUAAUAGUGAUCGGAUCAUCUCGAUUUGACCACAAAAACCACAUGUUAAUGCAAGGUGUAACCAGGGCUAUAAAUAUACCUUUGUUGAGAAAGGGCAUUGGCAAGUUUAGAACCUGACAUCCUGGUCCCUAUCCCAGUGCCUAGUCUAUUGCACAAGCAAUUGGGAGGGUACAACUAGUUUUUUGUUUUACAUAUAAAGCUGUUCAGUCAGGUAGAAUUGUGAUUAAGGUUGGAAAACAAAAGCUGCAUUGGCAUUCCAACUGGCAACAUUGUGUCGCAAACCGUGUUUAACGCCCUCAAACCUACUUCCCUAAAGAAGGCUUUUCUUUAUUUGACUCUCACCUGUACACUCUUUGACCUGUCCAUCGAGCUUUCAUCCAACCAAUCAAUUCGUCCCUGAGUACCUCUGGAAACAGUCUGGAAUUUCUGAUCACAAUCAGUUCUUUUAAUCGUCUUAACCUGUCUAAAAAUGUGGACAAGAUCAGGACACGUGUUAGCACCAGGUAUAAACGGGGCUCUUGACUGAAUCCUGCAGGGCUAAGAACAGAUUUGCGUAUCAAUAUCAAACCUCGAGUUAACAUUGUUUUCAAGAAAAGGGUUAUGAGUAAUCUGCAAUACACUGUAAAGAAAAACUUCUGGGGUGAAUUGAACCAACAUACUUAAUAAAAUCAAUGCAAGUCAUUUUACCAAACAAGUUAAGAAUAAAUCCAACUCUGUUGCAUAAA